UCUUAUUUAUAGCAGAAGAAAACUUUGGUGUCAUGCAAUAAAAGGGUUGAAACUUAUUAAAAAGAGGGAAGUCUUAGUUUGAGUUUUCGUGAGAGAUCUUUAUAUAUACAUACAUAUAUAUAAACUGAAACCCACCACUAACAUCUCAGCAAUCACCAAGUUUUUUCAGGGACCACAUGCUGUCCCCAUUAAUUCAGAGGCGUGUGUGCAUUUCUUUUUUCCACUCCAUUGUUAUCAUUCUCAUCGUGCUAAUCUAUUCUUCUUCUUCAUUCUUCUUCUUCUUCUUCUUCUUCUUCCUCUUCAUCUCUCUCGAUGAAGAAGAAGAAACCGGAUACUAAUACUUCCAUUGCCUUCCACCUCCAAUCCAUCUAAUGAAAAUCACUUCUUUUCCUGUCAACACCAUUGUUUUUGCCUUCUUCGUCUUCUUCUUCAUCGUCAUCAUCUCACUAUGUCAGCUAGUGGUUUAUGUUCAUGGCCUUGGCUCUGCCUCCACUGCUGCCAUCACCUACGGCUCUGCGACUGUUUGUGGCAUUGUUGCGGGGGAACCAACUCAGAGAAUCCAGUGCUACCACAAUGGUGGCAAACCCAUUUCACUUCUUCCUAAUAUCUCCUUCGAAGCCAUCUCCGGUGGCCAGAGCUUCUUCUGUGGCCUCAGAUACGGUGGGUCAACUCUUCUUUGCUGGGGGACUGAUGAUGUAACGGGUGAUUGGAGGUCUAAACCGAGACGGAUAUACUACAACGACACCGUUUCAUUAACUGAUCUUGCUGUGGGUGCUGAUCAGGUUUGUGCCAGGGAGGUCGUGUCUGGUGUAGCCAAAUGCUGGAGAGGAGGUAGGUUUCGGUUUCCAUCACCUGAUGUUGGUUUGAGGUUUAGUACAAUCACUUCAGGUAGUGGGUUUACAUGUGGGAUUCUGAAGAAUAAUAGCAGAGUUUUUUGUUGGGGAAGUAAUGCCAUUGGAGCAGAAAUUCAAACACAGUUUGGUGAUUUGUUGAUGUUAAGCUUGGUUGCCGGAGAGUCUCAUGCUUGUGGGCUGACAAGAGCAGGCUUAUUAGUCUGUAAAGGGAAUAAUCAAUCUGGGCAGCUGGAUGUUCCUUUUAGUUCACCUUUUGAAUUUUCAGGUCUUGCACUGGGAGCAGAUUUUAGUUGUGGAGUUAAGAGAAGAAAUGGGUUGGUGGUAUGCUGGGGAGCAAUUCGAUUUGAUCGAUUCUACUAUGGUUUCAGAGAAGAUGUUUCGUUUGAGUCCAUCAUUGCAGGUCUGGAUUUCGUAUGUGGGUUAACAACAAGGACUUUGACAAUGGUGUGUUGGGGACCAGGGUGGUCUAAUGAGGUUAUUCCCCAUAAUGAUCAUCUUCCUUUAGGACACAUAAUUCCAGGUCCUUGUGUUCAAGAUUCAUGUAGUUUUUGUGGUGUGUAUCCAAAUUCGGAGACACUGUGUGAUGGUUCGGGAAAUAUAUGCAGAUCAUGCCAGAGUGAACUUCCUAUUGCAUUGCCAUUGCCGCCUACACCAACACAGCAGGAACCUAACAGCACGCAUUCUUGGUCAAGAAAGGGCAGCAACUGGCUUUCGCCGACAGUUUUGGCUGUUGGAUCAGUUGGGACUUUUGUCGGGAUUUGUUCUCUUGUAUAUUGUCUGUGGAUGGGAGUAUGCAGUUUCUUGCACAACAAAAUCUACGACUCUACACAGCCCACAACUAGAGAUGACAAUGUCCUGGUUCCUGCUGCUGCUACUAUUAACAACAAUAACUCUGUUGCAUCAGCUUUAAGGUCAUUCUCAAAGCGCCAAAGUUCAAGAAGAUUGGCGCGCCAGAAAAGUGGAUCAUCCUCAUCAUCAAAGCAAGCAGACAAGACUCGGAUUUUUUCCUUAUCAGAGUUGGCUGCAGCUACUAAUAACUUCUCAUUAGUGAAUAAGAUCGGUAGUGGUAGCUUUGGCACUGUUUACAAAGGCAAGCUUGCCGAUGGCAUUGAAGUGGCAAUCAAGAGAGGAGAAAUCACAGCGAAGAGAAAGAAGUUUCAAGAGAAAGAAAGUGCAUUUGAUUCAGAAUUAGCAUUGCUAUCGCGCCUUCACCACAAGCAUUUGGUGGGAUUAAUCGGAUUCUGCCAAGAAAAGGAUGAGAGGCUUUUAGUUUAUGAGUACAUGAGCAAUGGCGCACUCCAUGAUCAUUUGCAUAGCAGGAACAACACCGAGAAAACUAGCAGCAUUUUGAAUUCUUGGAAAAUGAGGAUAAAAAUUGCAUUGGAUGCUGCAAGAGGAAUUGAUUAUCUCCACAACUAUGCAGUACCACCCAUAAUUCACAGAGACAUUAAGUCUUCAAAUAUACUUCUUGAUGCCAAUUGGACUGCUAGAGUAUCCGAUUUUGGAUUAUCACUUCUGGGUCCAGAACCUGAUCAAGAAUUCAUGUCAGCCAAGGCUGUUGGAACAGUUGGGUAUAUAGAUCCUGAGUACUAUGUCAUGAAUGUACUAACAUCAAAAAGUGAUGUUUAUGGCUUAGGCGUAGUAUUGUUGGAACUUUUGACAGGAAGAAAAGCUGUUUUCAAAACUGAAGAGGAUGAAACAGGAGUCAUGGGGGUCGUGGAAUAUGCGAGUCCUAAGAUCUUCGCAGGUGAGCUACUGACACUGCUGGACAGAAGAGUUGUUGUGCCAGACAAGGAGGCAGAGGCAGUUGAGAUAAUGGCUUACACUGCCCUCCAUUGCGUCAGAUUGGAAGGUAAAGAGAGGCCUAACGUUGCUGAAAUUGUUGCUAACUUGGAGAAAGCACUGGCUCUUUGUGAGGAUGACAAUGCCAGUUUCUCUCCUAGAACACUUUCCUUUACUUCAGAAUGAAAAGAAAGAAAUCUUAUGCACUGUUACAAGAAAAAUUUCAUAAUCUUUUAUUCUUUUUUCAAUACUAACAUGAUUUCUUCACAGUCAAUUUGAGAGGUCAAUUAUAUCUAUAUGUUACAACUCAAUGUUUUACAAGUU